AUCAUAGUUGGAAUCAAUUUUGUCCUAGUUUACUACAAAAGGAAUAUAUAGUUAGCUAGCUAGCUAAUACUUAAGCAUAUAUGCCUAACCUAAGUUUAUUCCUAGGGGGAACCAUUUGAAUACAAAUAAGAUUGAUCCUUUAGGCCAAACUCUUUUGGUCUUGAUAAAGCUUUGCAAGAACCAAAAGAUUAAGGUGGUGAAAAUGGGAGCCAAAAAUGAUGAUCAUGACGAUAAUCGAUAUCAAGAAGAGCAAUCGGCUAGACUAUUUGUGCAUGACUUGUCCAAGAUUGUUCUUCCACCUUUGGGUGUUUCAACCCAAAACCAUGAUCCAUGGAGAUCUAGAGGGUGGAUCAUUUCUCCCCUCAAUUCAAAAUACAGAUGUUGGGAGACAUUCAUGGUGAUACUGGUAGCCUACUCGGUCUGGUUUUACCCGUUCGAGCUCGCGUUUCUGGCUCCUUCUCAUCACAGGGGACUCUACCUGGUGGAUGUUGUAACCGAUUUGUUCUUCGCCGCCGACAUCCUUCUGACAUUCUUCGUUGCUUACAUUGACUCCAAGACUAAUAUGAUUGUUUACGACUCGAGAAGGAUCGCGAAUAGGUACCUAUCAACAUGGUUUGUCAUGGAUGUGGCAUCCACCAUCCCUUACCAGGCCUUGUACCUCUUGUUCACGGGUAGGCAACAAGUAUGGUCGUGUUAUUCGCUUCUAGGGUUGUUCAGGUUUUGGCGAUUGGUCCGAGUUGAACAACUCUUCAAAAGGCUUGAGAAGAACAUCAAGUUCAACUAUUUCGCAGUCCGAUGCUUUAGACUAUCUUGUGUGGCAUUGUUUUCGGCACAUUGCGCGGCGUGCCUCUUCUUCCUGCUGGCCGAGGAGAACCACGGCGGCAAGACCUGGAUCGACGACUUCGCCAAAUACGGCGACGAGACCAACAUCUGGCUGCGCUACACCGUCGCCGUGUACUGGUCCGCCACCACCAUGACCACCGUCGGGUACGGCGACCUCCGGGCGGAGAACACCCGGGAGCGGAUCUUCAUCACCGGAUACAUGCUCUUCAACCUCGGCCUGACCGCCUACCUCAUCGGCAACAUGACCGAUCUCGUCGUCGAGAGCGCCCGCCGCACCAUGGAGUACAGGAAAAGCAUCGAAGUGGCGUCCACUUUUGUGAACAGAAACUGCUUGCCCCGGCGGCUGGAAGAGCAAGUUUUGGCGUACAUGUCGCUGAGAUUCCAGGCCGAGAGGAUGAAUCAACAGCGUUUCAUCGAAGAGCUUCCAAAAUCGAUUCGGAGGAGGGUUUGCCGGCAUCUGUUCUUGCCGGCGGUACAACAGGUGUAUCUUUUCAAGGAUGUCUCCAUCGGAACCCUAACGUCACUAGUUUCGAAGUUGAGGGCAGACUACAUGCCGCCACGGGAAGAGGUCAUCUUGCGGAAGGAAGGGCCAGAUGAAGUGUACAUUAUCGUCUCCGGAGAAGUCGAGAUCGUGAGUAGUACUACUACCGGCGGCGAGUCCCGGCUCGACGGAGAGUUGAUCCGGUCGCUGGAAAGCUUAAGCAGCGGCGACAUGUUUGGGGAAGUCGCCGCGCUUUGUUGCACACCUCAGAGGUUCACUUUCAGGACCAAAGUGUUGUCGCAGCUGUUGAGGCUCAAAACGGCGACGCUUUUGGAGGCCAUGCGGAUCAAUCACGUCGAUUCCGUCACCAUAAUUAAGAACUUCCUCCGACAUUACAAAGUGUCCUCCAAGAUUAUUGAAAACGACAACAUGGUUCCAUUUCACGACGAUGAAUUAGACGAGGAAGAGACGAAGAUGACAGUGAACUCUCACAGCUUGUUGUCUUUAGCGAGACUUGGCAAUGCGUUUUUCCUUGAAGAGUUGCUCAAGGAAGGGUUGGACCCUAACAUCGGAGAUUCCAAAGGCAGAACUCCAUUGCACAUAGCAUCAUCAAAAGGGCACAAAGAGAGUGUGUUAAUGCUUCUUAGAUAUGGCAGCAACGUACACUUACGAGAUGUGGAUGGCAAUACUGCAUUAUGGGAGGCAAUAUCAUCGAAUCACAACCUGAUAUUCGGGAUUCUGCUCAGUCACGCCAACAUUACCUCCAACGAAAUCCAAACCAUCCAGGGCGAUCUUCUAUGUUCAGCUGCAGAACAGAACAAUCUCAGGGUCAUGAGAGAGCUCGUGAGAGUGCACGGAUUCAACGUCCACUCGAAGAAUCGACGUGGGAAGUUAGCUCUCGGGCUGGCCAUGGAGAGGAAUCACAACGACAUGGUAGAAUUUCUCGUGGCGAAUGGCAGGUUACAAGCUGCUGCAAGUACUCGAAUCGAUCGGAGUUCGUUGGUCGGAGGCGGUGGGGAUCGUGAUUACUGUUUGAGAGUGAACAUCUUCAUGGGUCAUCCUGAUUUGGUUAGAAGAGAGGAUGAAGAUGGUGAUGGAGGAAAAAGCUUGAGGUUUGGGAAGUUGAUCAAGUUGCCAAAUUCACUGGAGGAGCUCAAACGCAUUGCAGGUGCGAAGUUUGGGGUUGAUACAAGUAAUGCUACAAUAACAAAUGAGAUUGGUGGGGAGAUUGAUUGUCUUGAACUUGUAAGGGACAAUGACAAGCUCUUCAUAACUGAUCGAGAGACUGUAAUCACCGAGAAGUCUUCAUUAAAUUGACCCAUGACGAUCACGUAAAGCUGCCACAGAUAGAAAGAGGGAAAACAGAGGAAGAACAGGGGAAAAGCAGAGGCAGAGUGAGGAUUCAAUAAAAGUAAAACACUUGCACAUUGGAGACGACUUGUGGGAAGAAAUACUUGUGCGAAACUGCGAAUCACCAUAUAGGGAACUGAGAACCGAAGAAUCCUCGUUCAUGAUCGUCGUCGCCGCGGGCUAGCCCGUCGGCGAUCCGGAGACAGGAAUCUGAAAGAUUUUCUUUAAGUAAGUGAGGGGAGAUUGGAUCUGUUUUUUACCAAAAAAAAAAAAAUGGAUCUGGUGACUAAGGGGUGGUUAAUCACUUGACUAUACCCCCAGCUCUUAGAUCUGGACAUAUCAAUCUGACGGUUAAAAAGUGGGAAGAGUUAUUUAAUUAAUGACAGGAGUAGUUUGGAUAUUAUGAAAAAUUAUGAAGUGUACAAACCGAACUUACAAACAGUACGAACAAUACAAACUAGAGCGAUAAAACAUACAAACAAUACGAAACAUACGAAGUAUACAAACAAUACAAACUAGACCGACAAACAUUACAAAACAUACUAACAAUACAAAAUGUCACUACUUACAAUACAAAACAGUAAACUUGUAUUACAAAUCAAUGAAUACAAAGUAUAUAAAUCACAACAUAAAGUAUACAAACUAGAGAAACGAAUAUUACAAAUUAAAAUGGAUACAAAUUAGUCAUAUAAACAUUACAAACAUAAUCCUCCAUUAAUAUAUGGUAGAGUUUUGUGUACUUUUCUCCAUUUCAAAUUUUCUGCAACGAGAGUGAAAGUAGGAAGGUCAUUUUUGUCUUUACACAUUUAUUAUUUAUUUCAUAUAAAAAUAGCAAUAUCAAGAUUUGAACCCGGGUCUCUUCAAACAAAGAUAACAAUCACAACCAGUUACACUAAACAAAUUUAUUGCAUCCUUUUUUAUACAAAAAAUAGACAAAGUUAAUCUCUGAAAAUCAGAGGACUUUUUCAUCAUAAUUAGCAAGCUCACUAAGUCUACCGUAUGUAUUUUUAUCGAGCUUGAUAAUUCUAUUUUCAUAGUAGAGUUUCAUGUAAUUUUCUCAAUUUUAAAUUCCCGCUCUCUCCUUAAUUUUUGCUAAAGGUAAAUGGGUAAUUGGCCAACAUGGAAGAAACUAAUUAUGUAACUACUGUUGUAUCCUUGUAUUUUUCAAUUUAAAUUUAAAUUUAAAUUUUGUGUUUUUUUAUCUUUGUUCUUUUCUCUUUCUAACUUCCUCCGAAAUUUCAUCCAUCGUGCAAUAGUUUGCGCCUUUCACUUCCCAGUACAAGACUGUUAUUGAAAACCAAUCUUCAGGUAUCUCUUGGCACUACGGUUUAUUGUUGUGGAUUUUAAGCGGGGCGAGUAGAAGAUUUCAACUCCGAUAUCAAUUCAUGGCGAAUAGAAUGGAAUUCAUCAAUAAUUGAAGUUGUAGAAGAAAGAUUAGAAAUUGAAUUUUUGGUUGAAUAUAUGCCUCUUGAGAUAGAAAUUUGGUUGUGCAACGGAGAUUGGUGGCUAUUGGAUCUUUAGGUUUAUGGUUUUUGCAACUGUCAUAACCUAUCUCUAUCUUAAAACGAGGAAUCAUUGAUUGAUUGUUUGAAUUCUUUAUUCAACCUACUGGAACUAAUAGAUAAGGAGUGUCUAA